AUGCAAUUGAAAGGAAUUAUGGGAGUGACUCAAAGAAUGUAUCAAUAUGGAGAUAUUCAAGUUGUGGAUCAAAUUCAAAGAGCUCUCUUUACUCGAAUUCAAACAAUGAUUUCUAACAUGACAGUCCAAGAUACUUCAAAAAUGGUAGAUAUUGCCAGAAUUAUUGAAAUGUGGUCCUACAAUGCAACCAAUUCUGUGAAAUUAAUGGCAGCUGACAUGUCUAAUGCUUCCAAUAAUCGAGUCACAGGAAAUAAUGUCGAUAGCAUGCCAUUGGGUAUGAGAGAUUCAUCCAUUUUCUCAAGUUUGGCUUCCACUCUUUCCAAUAUGAUUCCACUUUCUGGAAUGAAAUCUCAAACUCCAUCAUUGGUCAAACUAUUUUCUUCAACCAUUGUAGAUUCCUUGUCACCAAGUGAAGAAAAACGACUCACCACUUCAUCUCUCUAUUUUACCAUCCGAAAGGACUAUGCUGCCAAUUUUAAUGGAACUUCCAUUACGGAUGAUUCAGAAAAUGCCAAUGGAGUACUCAUGCCCUCAAUCUCACUGUUCAACGAUACUGCAGGAUUAUAUGGAACCGAGUUAGUGACCUACUUGGAAAAUCCAAAUCCUUCCACAACCAAUAAUGGAACUGCCACCAUUCAAAGCUCAGUGGUUUCAUUGAGAUGCAUCAAUGCGGCUGGUAAUUAUUUACCUUUGAGUGGAUUGAGUGAACCAUUAGUGUUAACUUUUAAUGUUUCUGCUACUGAGCUGGACAAACCCAAUGCUACUGUCUCGUGUAAAUAUUGGAAUGAAACAGUGAGUGAUUGGAAAGAGGAUGGAUGUCAAUUGACAAGUAAGGUGAAAAUCUCAAAUUGUUACAUCCUUUCAUGCUCGUGUGAUCAUACCACACAAUUUGCAACUUUUGUGGAAUUUACUUCCUAUACCAAUUACACAACAGAACAAAAAACUGCAUAUUAUAUUUUAUGGGGAUUUGAUAUUGGAAUUGGAUUAUUAUUUGUCAUUGUCAGUGCCACUAUUUUGAUUUUGAUUAUCAUUUUCAAAGAUUCACAACCUGUAAAGGCCAAGUACAUUGCUCCAUUUGUGGGAAUGACAUCCAUUUUAUUGGAAUCGUUUUUAAGCUAUAUCGUGAAAGCAAGUAUCAUGAUUGGAUUGACUGCAAGCGGAACGAAUACUCCAUUUGGAUUGAAUACCAUUACUUAUGUUUCAUCCAUUAUUGUGAGCGUUGCAUUUUGUGUGACUGUUUUGACCUUUGUCAUUCAAGUGGUUCGUUAUCAACUCAUGCGAAGAAUGUAUGCGUUCAUGUCCGAUGAAAAUUUGGAUGAUCAACAUGUGGAUAAGAAGAUUUCUUUUUAUCGAUGGAUCUCUUCCAAGAAAUUAUAUGUCACAAGUGUCGUUUUCAUUUCAGUUCUGAUCUUUGUGAUAUUUGCUGGACUGUCAUUGGGUAGAAUUGGACAAGAAGUUGCUCAAUCCAACUAUGCAAGUCAAUCUUUCACUUCAACCAUUUACACCAUUGUGACAAGUAGUAUCAUGGGUUCUAUUUUGGUGAUGUCACUUGUUACCGUGAUCAUUAUUUUCCUAUUCGAUUUAUUAUAUUGUUUAAUCUAUGAAUACCGAGCGAAACCAAUUGUUGACACUUCUAUUCAAGUGCCAUCCUACGAUGCUUCUACUGCAUCCACCAUUGAAUUGAGUGACAUUUCAUCAGGAGAAAAAUCCACCAAGAAGAAAUUACUCGAUGAUUUUUACAUCAAAAAAGCCAAAGAUCUCACUCUCUCUUCCAUGUAUCGAUUUUUCAUUCAGGAAGAUCCUCUCUUCUUUAGAGUUGAAACUUUGCUUUUUAUUCUAUGUUUGGGAGUAUUAUUGACAUCGUACAUUUUUGGAAUUGUGAGUUUGGGAUUUUUCAUUUCAACCAAUUCAGCGCUCGACACUUCAACUUCUGCAUUUAACAAGUCACUCAUUAUGGAUAUUGUGAGAUUAAUUCUCUCUGUGGUAUAUUUUGUACUUUAUGUGUUGGUAUUUGGUGACUUGUCACUUUUAGUAUAUAUUUUCAAAUAUCGAUCAAAGCAUGCAAGAAAUUUAAAGACGAUGGAACGAGCAUACGAUCGAUCGGCAGAAUCUCUCGAAUCUGGAGACUCGUUUGCUUCUUCUCAUAACGAAUUGCAUGAAAUUUUACAAGAUCCCUUGGCCUUGCGCUUAUUUGAAAAAUUCACAGUGAAAGAAUUUUCAAAAGAAAAUCUCAUUUGUUAUCAUCAAUUAGUGGAAUUGUACACCAUUCAUAAAUUACGAGAAAAAGAAAGUACAGAACAAGUGAAAUUAUUGGAAGGAUUUAUUGGAAAAUUUUUAACAGCUGCUUCUGCUUUUGAAGUGAAUAUUCCAUCACACACACGAACUUCAUUACUCAAAACUGUGAAAGAAAAACAAAAUGUGAAUAGUCAACAAAUUUUGAAAGCAUUGGAUUCGUUGAAGGGAGAUUUAAUUCAAAACUUGUCAGAUACCUUUUCGAGAUUUGUGACCACCAAGUCGUAUCAAUAUUGGGUAAAAAUUAAGCUCGAAAAACAACAAUUAAUGAAUGCCAACAAGUUGAAUUAA